AUGCUACGAUACUGCCUUUCCCUUCCCGUCAUGGGUGAUGAGUCGCAGACUGAGCUGCGGGGUUCCACGAUGAGGAUCCCCUCCGGGCUCGUUCUCUUCUCGGGCACGGGAUCUGCUGCUUCCGAGUUGGCGCGGAAGGGUUCCCAGGAUUUUGCGCGAACCAGGGUCAGUGGGGACUUGCGAGUGAAGGCCAGGGUGCCGACCCACGCGGCCCGUGGCGACGCUGCCAAGCUUCACUGCAACUACGAGACGUCCGGAUCCGACGGUCCUAUCUACUCCGUCAAGUGGUAUAAAAACGAAAACGAAUUUUUCCGCUACCAGCCCUGGAGCAACCCGCCUGCUCAGAUUUUUGCCCAAGCCGGCGUCACUGUGGACGGAAAACUUGGGAGAAGACCUGGAGGUCCUUGCUGGUCGCCGCCGCGAUAUCCGAAAACCGGGCCCAGUACCCGGGGCCCAGUUUUCGGAUCCCGAGGCCAUCGACUAAACACUGGCUGCCUGUUUUACGGCCGGCCCGUUUGGUCCGGGCGACAUGCAAGCAAGCAAGCCCGUGACACGCACUCUGCCCAUACACAGCUCACGUCGUCCAAUGACAAGAUGGUCGUCCUGCGCUCCGUCAACCUGACCACGUCCGGCCGCUACAAGUGCGAGGUGUCCACAGAGGGCCAGUUCAUCACGGAGUCGGACUCGGGUGCUCUGCUAGUCGUGGGUAAGGCGAUCCCGCGGAUGACACGAUAA